AUCCAGCUCGGGUCACACGGAGCCUGAACGCUCGUCAGUAUCACCACCGGCUGCAUGCGUGCAGACCUGCUCUGUGUUAGUUUUCAGCCCUGGUCUGUUUGAAACGUCCUGCAUGUUUCACUGUAUGUUGGACAAACACGCGCACGCACACGCGCACAGAGUGGCCGCCGUCUGCUCAUUUCCGAGAGCUCACGGAGAUUCACCGAGCAGCGACCCGGCCCCUCCCGCCCCCCUCCUCCGCGCUCCAGCUACUCUCCCCUCGGCUUCACUCCGAGGAGGAACCCGGUGCCCCCGGCCGAUCGUUUCCAAUUACGUUACCCCAAGAUGGAGGUCUGCAGAUGGCACUGCUAGCGUCUACGAGUCACCGUAACCGCCCGUGUGUCUUUAAUGACGCUUUUGCCGGGACAGAAGUGAUUUUUGUGCCACCUUUUUGUCGAUUUUUUGGGGGAUCUACUUGGGAGAUACUGAGCUCCGGGUUGUGGCAGCCAUGAGCUCCGGGGAAGGAGCGGAGGAGACGGCGAAGGACGCUGGCGACAUAGCGGCGUUCUUCAAGACCGAUGGAUCCCUCCCUAAAGAGCCAAAAGGAGAUGUAUCGAGUCAGAUAGCAGGUUUCAGGAGAAAUGAGGAGAUGAGAGCAAUGGAGGUACUUCCCAUCCUCAAAGAAAAAGUUGCCUUUUUGUCAGGUGGCAGAGAUAGACGCGGUGGUCCGGUGUUAACGUUUCCAUCACGCAGCAACCACGAUAGAAUACGAACGGACGACCUGAGGAGACUGAUUGCCUACCUCGCCGGCAUCCCCAGCGAGGAGGUGUGUAAACAUGGCUUCACGGUCAUCGUUGAUAUGCGCGGCUCCAAAUGGGACAGCAUCAAGCCUCUGCUGAAGAUCCUGCAGGAGUCGUUUCCAUCCUGCAUCCACGUCGCCCUCAUUAUCAAACCAGACAACUUCUGGCAGAAACAGAGGACCAACUUCGGCAGCUCUAAGUUCGAAUUUGAGACCACCAUGGUGUCGCUAGAGGGCCUGACGAAGGUCGUCGACCCUUCCCAACUGACGGCUGACUUUGAUGGCAGCCUUGACUAUAACCAUGAAGAGUGGAUAGAGGUGCGUGUGGCCUUUGAGGAGUUCUCUGGUCACGCCACCCAGAUGUUGUCCCGGUUAGAGGAGAUGCAAGAAACGGUGUCGAGAAAAGACUUUCCCCAGGAUCUAGAAGGAGCCAGGCGGAUGAUAGAAGAACACGCCACGCUAAAGAAGAAAGUCAUAAAAGCCCCGAUAGAGGAGCUGGACACUGAAGGACAGAGGUUGCUCCAGCGCAUCCAGAGCAGCGAGUCCUUCUCCAACCGUAACGGCGGAGGUGGGGGCAGCGGUGGCAGCAGCAGCAGCAGCAGCGGUGGGAUGUGUAACACCGACACACAGGGCCUGGUGCCACGGAUCACCCAGCUGCUCGAUAAGCUCCACUCCACCCGACAGCACCUCCACCAGGCCUGGCACGUCCGCAAGCUCCAGCUUGACCAGUGCUUCCAGCUCCGGCUGUUCGAACAGGAUGCAGAAAAGAUGUUUGACUGGAUCAUGCACAACAAGGGUUUGUUCCUGGCAGGCUACACAGAGAUUGGCAACAACCACCCCCAUGCCAUAGAGCUGCAAACCCAGCACAACCACUUCGCUAUGAACUGCAUGAACGUGUACGUGAACAUCAACCGUAUCAUGUCAGUGGGAAACCGGCUACUGGAGUCGGGUCACUACGCCUCCCAGCAGAUCAAGCAGAUCUCAGGCCAGCUGGAGAAGGAGUGGAAGGCCUUCGCUGCCGCACUGGAUGAACGCAGCACGCUGUUGGAGAUGUCAGCGAGCUUCCACCAAAAAUGUGAUCAGUACAUGAGUAACGUGGACUCUUGGUGCAAAGCGUGCGGUGAAGUGGAUUUGCCCUCCGAGCUGCAAGACCUCGAGGACGCCAUCCACCACCACCAAGGCCUGUAUGAACACAUCACGGCUGCCUACUCUGAGGUGAGCCAGGAUGGAAAAGCCCUGUUGGACAAGCUGCAGCGACCUUUGACCCCUGGAAGUGCUGAUUCACUGACAGCAUCAGCAAACUACUCCAAGGCAGUGCACCACGUCCUGGACAUCAUCCACGAGGUGCUGCAUCACCAGAGACAGCUGGAAAACAUUUGGCAACACCGCAAAGUGCGGCUGCACCAGCGCCUACAGCUAUGCGUCUUUCAACAGGAUGUCCAACAGGUGCUGGACUGGAUAGAAAACCAUGGCGAGGCCUUCCUCAGUAAACACACAGGUGUGGGAAAGUCCCUCCACCGAGCUCGAGCUCUGCAGAAACGCCACGAGGACUUUGAGGAAGUGGCACAGAAUACAUACACUAAUGCAGACAAGCUGCUGGAGGCGGCCGAGCAGCUGGCCCAGACAGGAGAGUGCGACCCAGAGGAGAUCUACCAGGCCGCCCACCAGCUCGAAGACAGGAUCCAAGACUUUGUUCGCCGUGUGGAGCAGCGCAAAGUCCUGCUGGACAUGUCUGUCGCCUUCCACACACACGUCAAAGAGCUGUGGACAUGGCUAGAGGAGCUCCAGAAGGAGCUGCUGGAUGACGUUUAUGCUGAGUCGGUGGAGGCCGUCCAGGAUCUGAUCAAACGCUUCGGACAGCAACAGCAGACCACGCUGCAGGUCACCGUCAAUGUCAUCAAGGAGGGAGAGGAUCUCAUCCAGCAGCUCAGGGACUCGGCCAUCUCCAGCAACAAGACGCCACACAACAGCUCCAUCAACCAUAUCGAGAGCGUCCUGCAGCAGCUGGACGAGGCCCAGGCCCAGAUGGAGGAGCUGUUCCAGGAGAGGAAGAUCAAACUGGAGCUCUUCCUGCAACUCCGCAUCUUCGAGAGGGACGCCAUUGAUAUCAUUUCUGACCUGGAGUCCUGGAACGAGGAGCUGACAGGUCAGAUGAAUGAUUUCGACACAGAGGACCUGACGCUGGCCGAGCAGAGGCUGCAGCACCACGCUGACAAGGCCCUGACCAUGAACAACCUCACCUUCGAUGUCAUCCACCAGGGACAGGAGCUGCUGCAGUAUGUCAACGAAGUCCAGGCCUCUGGUGUUGAGCUGCUGUGUGAUCGAGACGUCGACAUGGCCACACGGGUUCAGGACCUGCUGGAGUUUCUCCAUGAGAAACAGCAAGAACUGGACUUGGCAGCUGAGCAGCACCGCAGGCACCUUGAGCAGUGCGUCCAGCUGAGACACCUGCAGGCUGAAGUCAAGCAGGUUCUUGGGUGGAUUCGUAAUGGCGAGUCAAUGUUGAACGCUGGACUAAUAACAGCCAGCUCCCUGCAGGAAGCUGAACAGCUGCAGAGAGAACAUGAACAGUUUCAACAUGCCAUUGAGAAAACCCACCAGAGUGCCCUCCAGGUUCAGCAGAAGGCGGAGGCUCUGCUCCAGGCAAACCACUAUGACAUGGACCUGAUCAGAGACUGUGCAGAGAGCGUGGCCUCCCACUGGCAGCAGCUCAUGCUGAAAAUGGAGGAUCGACUCAAGCUGGUCAAUGCCUCAGUGGCCUUCUACAAGACCUCUGAACAGGUCUGCAGUGUGCUGGAAAGCCUGGAACAGGAGUAUAAGAGAGAAGAGGACUGGUGUGGAGGGGCCGACAAACUGGGACCCAACUCUGAAACAGACCACGUCACCCCCAUGAUCAGUAAACAUCUGGAGCAGAAGGAGGCCUUCCUUAAGGCAUGCACUUUGGCCAGAAGAAACGCAGACGUCUUCCUCAAGUACAUGCACAGGAACAGCGUCAACAUGCCUGGGAUGCUGAGCCAUGUUAAAGCACCAGAACAGCAGGUUAAAAACAUCCUCAAUGAGCUGCUACAGCGAGAAAAUCGCGUUCUCCACUUCUGGACCAUGAGGAAACGACGGCUGGACCAGUGUCAGCAGUAUGUGGUGUUUGAACGCAGUGCCAAACAGGCUCUGGAAUGGAUUCAUGACACUGGGGAGUUUUACCUGUCCACACACACCUCCACUGGCUCGAGUAUCCACCACACACAAGAGCUGCUGAAAGAGCAUGAGGACUUCCACAUCACAGCCAAGCAAACUAAAGAGCGUGUGAAGCUGCUGAUCCAGCUGGCUGACGGCUUCUGCGAGAAAGGCCACAGUCAUGCUGGGGAGAUCAAAAAAUGGGUGACGGCUGUGGACAAACGCUAUCGCGACUUCUCCCUGCGCAUGGACAAGUAUCGCUGCAGCCUGGAGAAAGCCCUGGGCAUCUCCUCGGACUCUAACAAGGCAAGUAAGGAUCUCCAGCUGGACAUCAUCCCAGCUACGGCUCCAGGGUCAGAGGUCAAGCUGAGGGAUGCUGCUCAUGAGCUUAACGAGGAGAAACGCAAGUCGGCGCGCCGAAAGGAGUUCAUCAUGGCAGAGCUGAUUCAGACAGAGAAAGCCUACGUGCGAGACCUGCGGGAGUGCAUGGAUACCUACCAGUGGGAGAUGACCAGUGGAGUUGAGGAGAUUCCUCCAGGAAUCAUCAAUAAGGAGCACAUCAUCUUUGGCAACAUGCAGGACCUCUAUGAAUUCCACCAUAACAUCUUUCUCAAAGAGUUGGAGAAAUAUGAGCAGCUUCCAGAGGAUGUUGGGCAUUGCUUUGUCACAUGGGCUGAUAAGUUCCAGAUGUAUGUGAACUACUGUAAGAACAAACCAGACUCCACUCAGCUCAUCCUAGAGCAUGCUGGGAACUACUUUGAUGAAAUUCAACAGAGGCACCGACUGGCCAACUCCAUCUCUUCUUAUCUGAUCAAGCCUGUGCAGAGAAUCACCAAGUAUCAGCUCCUGCUGAAGGAGCUGCUGACUUGCUGCGAAGAAGGGAAAGGAGAGAUCAAGGACGGCCUGGAGGUGAUGCUCAGUGUUCCGAAGAAAGCUAAUGAUGCCAUGCACCUCUCUAUGCUGGAAGGAUUCGAUGAAAACAUCGAGUCCCAGGGCGAGCUCAUCCUCCAGGAGUCGUUCCAGGUUUGGGAUCCAAAGACUCUGAUCCGUAAGGGGCGAGAGCGCCACCUCUUCCUCUUUGAAAUGUCUCUUGUCUUCAGCAAGGAGGUCAAGGACUCCAACGGCAGGAGCAAGUACAUCUACAAGAGCAAGCUAUUUACAUCAGAGUUGGGGGUGACAGAGCAUGUUGAAGGAGACCCCUGUAAGUUUGCUCUAUGGGUGGGGCGCACCCCGACUAACGACAACAAGAUUGUGCUCAAGCUAAGUCAGGGAUCCAAACAUGGAGCAAUGGCCUCAAGCAUCGAGAACAAACAGGACUGGAUCAAGCACAUCAGGGAGGUGAUUCAGGAGCGCACCAUUCACCUGAGAGGAGCACUCAAGGAGCCCAUUCACAUUCCCAAAGCCACUACAGCCAAGCACCACAAGGGCCGAAGGGAUGGAGAGGACCUGGACAGUCAGGGUGAAGGCAGCAGCCAACCAGACACCAUCUCUCUGGCAUCCCGCACUUCACAGAACACACUGGACAGCGACAAGCUGUCCGGUGGCUGUGAGCUGACUGUGGUGAUACAUGACUUCAUGGCCAGCAACAACAAUGAGCUGACUGUGCGGAGAGGUCAGACGGUGGAGGUCCUGGAGCGCUGCCAUGAAAGGCCAGACUGGUGUCUGGUAAGGACCACAGACCGCUCCCCUGCCCUGGAGGGUCUGGUGCCUUGCUCCAUGCUCUGUAUUGCCCACUCCAGGUCCUCCAUGGAGAUGGAGGGCAUCUUCAACCACAAAGACACUCUGUCAGUGUGCAGCAAUGACUCCAUCAUGCCAGGGUCGUCCGCUACGCUGCAGCCUGGUCACGGCAUGAGCUCCCAUACCUCACCAGGGCCUAAAAGACCAGGUAACACCCUGCGGAAGUGGCUCACCAGCCCUGUGCGCCGGCUAAGUAGCGGCAAGGCCGACGGCCACGUGAAGAAACUUGCGCACAAGCACAAGAAGAGCCGCGAGGUGCGGAAGAGCGGGGAGAUGACGAUGGGCUCCCAGAAAGACUCAGACGACAGUGCUGCUACACCUCAGGAUGAGACUGUGGAGGAGAGAGUUCGUAACGAGGGCUUGUCCAGCGGCACGUUGUCCAAGUCCAGUUCUUCUGGCAUGCAGAGCUGCGGAGAGGAGGAGGGCGAGGAGGGCGCGGACUCAGUACCUCUGCCUCCACCUAUGGCCAUCCAGCAGCACAGCCUGCUGCAGCCAGACUCCCAGGAUGACAAGAGCUCCUCUCGUCUGUCGGUCCGUCCAUCCAGUUCAGAGACGCCCAGUGCCGCUGAGUUGGUGAGCGCCAUCGAGGAGCUGGUCAAAAGCAAGAUGGCUCUGGAGGACAGACCCAGCUCACUGUCGGUAGAACAGGGAGACAGCAGCUCUCCAUCCUUCAACCCCUCUGACAACUCCCUCCUCUCCUCCUCCUCCCCCAUCGAAGAGAUGGAUGAACGCAGGACCAGCAUCCUGAAGAAAAGACAUUACAUUCUGUUGGAGUUGGUGGAGACGGAGAGAGAUUAUGUCAGAGACCUUGGCCUGGUGGUGGAGGGCUACAUGAGUCGCAUGAAGGAGGAGGGUGUCCCUGAUGAUAUGAAGGGAAAAGACAAAAUCGUGUUUGGCAACAUCCACCAAAUCUACGACUGGCACAAAGACUUCUUUUUUGGGGAGUUGGAGAAAUGUUUGGAGGACCCUGACCGACUGGGACCACUCUUUCUCAAACAGGAACGGAGACUCAGCAUGUAUGUAGUGUACUGUCAAAACAAGCCCAAGUCGGAACACAUCGUCUCAGAGUACAUUGACACCUACUUUGAGGACCUGAAGCAGCAGCUGGGACACAGGCUACAGAUCUCAGAUCUGCUCAUCAAGCCAGUCCAGAGGAUCAUGAAGUACCAGCUGCUGCUUAAGGAUUUCCUGAAACACUCUAAAAAGGCUGGGCUGGAGUCUAUGGAGCUGGAGAAAGCAGUGGAGGUCAUGUGCAUUGUGCCAAAAAGGUGCAACGAUAUGAUGAACGUCGGUCGACUUCAGGGAUUUGAUGGGAAGAUUGUGGCUCAGGGCCGCCUUUUACUGCAAGACACGUUCAUGGUGUCUGACCCAGAGGGCAGUCUGCUCGGCCGGAUGAAGGAGAGGAGAGUCUUCCUCUUUGAGCAGCUGGUCAUCUUUAGCGAGCCCCUUGACAAGAAGAAAGGCUUCUCCUUGCCAGGCUUCCUCUACAAGAACAGCAUCAAGGUCAGCUGUUUGGGUCUAGAGGAGAAUGCAGAAGGCGAUCCCUGUAAGUUCACUCUCACCUCAAGAUCGACCAACAGCACCACGGAGUCUUUUGUGCUUCAUUCCUCCCACCCAGGGGUGCGUGAGGUCUGGACCCUUCAGAUCAGCCAGAUACUCGAGAGCCAACGCAACUUCCUCAAUGCUCUGACCUCACCUAUAGAGUAUCAGAGGAACCAUGUGGGGGCGAGCGGUGGGUCAUGUGUGCCCAGCAUGGGAGCUCCAGCUGGAGGCAGCAGUGGGUCCAGUGUUCCGCCUGGAGUCGGAGGUGGAAACUCCCAGGGUAGCGCCAUCCCUUCAGGGCCCCAGGGCAGCUCUCGUCGUCCCUCCAGGAUCCCCCAGCCUUCCCGCCUGCCCCAGCCCCUACGCCACCAUCCCGGGGGCGACCCCGACGGCCCCAACAAGAUGUCAGGUUCGUCCGCUUGUCCUGUCCCUCCUUCCCUGCUCCCUCCAGGGGGUAGCCCGCAGGGCAAGCGCCCUAUCCAGCCCCCAGAGGACCAAACACAGACCCCCACUCCUGCCAGUGCUGUAGCCCCUAUUCCCCGUGCUACAGUUGGGCCCCUGCCCUCUACACCCACUUCCAAACCACGGCCAGGAGCCGUGUCCCCUAUGGCCCCGCCCCUGGCCACUCCUGCCUUUGGCAAGGACGGCCUUCCUCCUCCCCCUCCCAGCCCGGGCCACAAGUCCGGAUCUGGAUUCUGGAGCUCCAUGCCGGGCUCACCAGCCAGCAGGCCUGGCUCAUUUACCUUCCCUGGCGAGGCAGGAGAGACUCCGGUCCGUCAGAACUCAAACCAGAUCCAGACUGGCUCUGGAUCUGGUAGCCAAACCCACAGACACUCCACGCACAGCAAGGAAGCCGACCGCAUGAGUACGUGCUCAUCGGCCAGCGAGCAGUCCAUCCAGUCCACCCAGAGUAACGGGAGUGAAAGUAGCAGCAGCAGUAGUGUAUCCACCAUGUUGGUGACCCAGGACUACAUGGCAGUGAAGGAGGAUGAGAUCAGUGUCAUUCAGGGCGAGGUGGUCCAGAUCUUGGCCAGCAACCAGCAAAACAUGUUCCUGGUGUUCAGGGCGGCCACCGAGCAGGGCCCCGCCGCCGAGGGCUGGAUCCCCGGAUUUGUGCUGGGACACACCUCGGCCAUCACCCCUGACUGUCCAGAGGGACCCAUCAAUAGGAAGUCAUCAUCCUGGCACACGUCCCUGCGCAUUCGUAAGAAGUCUGAGAAGAAGGAGAAGGAGGCAAAGAAAGAGACCAAGCUGGAAAACGGUUACAGGAAGUCCAGAGAUGGCCUAGCCAAUAAAGUUUCUGUAAAGCUUCUAAAUCCAAACUACAUCUAUGAUGUUCCCCCAGAGUUCCUUGUACCCCUGAGUGAUGUGACCUGUGACAACGGAGAGAGCGUCACCCUUAGGUGUAAGGUCUGCGGUCGACCGCGGGCUGCUGUCACCUGGAAGGGACCCAACCAGAGCAAUCUCACCAACAAUGGACACUUCAGCAUCGCCUACAGUGAUACCGGUGAAGCAACACUGCGGAUAAUCGGCGUGGCCUCUGAGGAUGAUGGCAUUUACACUUGUGUUGCCACAAAUGAGCUUGGCAGCGUAACAUCAUCAGCUAGCCUCAGAGUGUUGGCAGUGUCCACUGACGGGGUGAGAGUGAGCUGGAAGGACAACUUCGAGGCUCACUACACCGAGGUGGUCGAAUUGGGCAGGGGGCGUUUCUCUGUUGUCAAGCGUUGUGACCAGCGCGGCACCAAACGUACAGUGGCGGUCAAACAUGUCAACAAGAAGCUGAUGAGGAGGGACCGGGUGACUCAGGAACUUAAUCUGCUCCAGAGGCUCCAGCACCCUCACAUCGUCAGCCUGAUAGACACGUAUGAAACCCCCAGCAGCUACGCCCUCGUCCUGGAGAUGGCGGACCAAGGUCGUCUGCUGGACUACAUUGUUAGCUGGGGGAAUCUGACGGAGGAGAAAGUGGCCUGCUACCUUCGGGACAUUUUAGAAGCUUUACAUUACCUUCACAACAGCAGAAUAGUACAUUUGGACAUAAAACCUGAGAACCUCCUGGUUGCUCACAGCUCCAGCGGUCAGCCAUCGGUCAAAGUCACAGAUUUUGGUGAUGCUGUCCAGCUCAACAGUGCCCACUACAGUCACCCUUUGCUGGGCAGCCCUGAGUUUGCCUCCCCAGAGUUGGUCCUUGGAGAGCCGGUGUCGCUGACCUCUGACCUGUGGAGCCUUGGCGUGGUGACCUAUGUGCUGCUGAGCGGCGCCUCCCCCUUCCUCGAUGAGAGCGCCGAGGAGACGUGCCUAAACAUCUGCCGGCUAGACUUCAGCUUCCCCAGGGAUUACUUCCAGGGCGUCAGCCAGACAGCCCGGGACUUCAUCUGCCUUCUCCUGAGGACCGACCCAGGCAGAAGGCCUCCAGCCGGGCUCUGCCUUCAGGAGCCGUGGCUGCAGGCCGGGCCGGCUGACGGCCGGGCCAGAGCAGAUGGUUGCCUGGACACCUCCCGCCUCAUCUCCUUCAUAGACAGGAGGAAACAUCAGACUGAUGCCCGGGCCAUCGGAGGCGUCAGGAGCUUCAUCCAAAGUCGCCUUCAGCCCCAAGUUUAAUGGUUGGGAUAAACAAGUCCAAACAACCCUCACUCCCUACUGCCUCCUGUCUGAUCAUGGCUAACAAAAGAUGAAGAACUGGACAGACUUCAGUUUGUGAUCAGAGCUGAGGCUGGAGGGGCUGCAGGCUCCUCUGGAGUUUAGCAUCUUGGUGGUCUAGAUGUAAAAGGAGAAAUAAUGAAUGCAGAUCUUAUCCUCUUUCACACAAUGCUGAUUUACUGAAGUCCUGUAGUCCUUUCACCAAUUAACCAGAGACCUGUUUAGGGUCUUCAGCCAAUCAGAGCCCUUGAGAACAGAGUUCUCACCAAUCACCUAAAGUAAUGGAUGCCCUUUGUCUACUGCUGCUUGCUGGUUUCAACUCAAAACAGAUUUUGUAGUUAAGUGAACAAAAAUCUAAAAAAAAGAAAAAAACAACAUGAAGUAAUUUAUUUUCCUUUGCAAGAGUUGAAGCUGAUCAGAGGAGCUAAUUGAUCGAGCCUUGACACAACUGCACAGGCGCAGAGCUUUCAGGAGAAAGUGAUGCCCACAAAGCUAGUGAUAGCGCUCAGAGCAAACUGCCCUCCCUCGUGUUGCUCGAGGGACACAGACGUUGUGUGUUUUUGCUCUUUUACACUAAAACUGUAACUCAAAGACUUUUGAGAAGCAGCCCUUUCUUAUAGAAACAAUGUAUACAAACAAAAGUACUGUCUCUACAUUUCCAAGAAAAAAACAAGAAUAAUUGUAGAAAACGCUCAUCAGUUAAAAGUUGCUGUGCUACUUUGGACUCUGUAGACACCUGGAGACAGCGACUGAGGUUCUUGACUUUAUUGAGACAUUUAUACGUCUGAUCAGAGCUUUUUGAUGGCUGCGCUUAUUUAAUGUACCUAAUCUAAGAUACCAUGAUGACCAUGUCGCGAGUAACAAUGCUGCACUGUCCAAUCUGAGAAGAAACAAUAGACAUCCAUCGUUUGCUUUUCCUAGAACAAAACUUGUGUUGCGCAGAUAUGAGAUGUUUAAGCCUUACCUUGUAUAUAGACUUCUGCCUUCUUCCCUCUCACAUUCACAGUGGACUCUGGACACGAGACUGUCGGAGCCUCAGUGGCAGCAGCGAUUGCCAAUCGGACGGAAGUGAAUGUGGAGGCGGAGGAAGACAAAUUACUGUAAAUGCACUCAUUGUAUGUUAUGUUUGAUUAUCAUGUGCAAUGUUGCGGCUUUAACAUUUUAUGCAACUAUUUAUGAAGACAUCUGUUGUAUCUGUAAUAAAUCUAGAGAAAAGCAUGUACUUGGUACUGCAAGCACUGCUGGUAGUUUGUGUUUUAUUUGAUCUGAGUGUUGGGACUUCCAGGCCAGGCCAGGUUAGAGGUCACGAUCUACAAUCAUUAUGGUUUGAACAAAAAAUAAUUUAACACGUUUUGUACUGUAUGCCUCGGUAGUAUUGGUACACCAAAGUUGCUCUAGGUUUAUAGUACUUGUAAAAUGUUUUAUUGUGAUUAUGUUUCACUUGAGUUGGGUUAUCUAUGACCAUGUGAAAUGACUGUUUACACUAGUUAACGCUAUGUUGGAAGAACAUGGUUUAUUUAGUCACCUGUGCAGGGGAUUAAAGAGAGAAGUGUACGUCUCAGAUAGUGGAGCAUCGCAGUUUAAUUUCAAGAGUUAAAUGGAAGAUUUUGUACAUCAUUAUAUAAAUGGUGUUUGAACUUUAUGUACAGAUAUUUGCUGCCAAAAUAUUUCUUCCAUUAAUUCCUGUUCCUUUCAAAACAAAACAAAAACACACACAACUACCCUAAUACGGCAACUAACAAAUCAUUUUUUUAUUUGCUUUCCUAUUAAAACAAUACAAAAUAUAGCAAUGCUAUAACCACUUAACUUUCCAUUAAUCCAAUAUGGGGUUACGUGUCACGUUGAACUGAUCCUACUGGGAACAGAAAUCAGUCGUCCUCCGUUACCUUUUUAAUUUAUUUGAAAGGUGUGCACAGGCCAUUAAAAACAAGGAAACUUGGACUGGAUACCUCAGUUUAGGUUUUUGUUGUUUGUUUGUUUUUUUACCAUUGUUGUUUGUCUUUUUUGUCACGUUUGUUUUUCAGUUUGUUCGUUUUUCAUUCGUCUCAUGUUUGCUGUCUGUUUUUAUGUUUUAUAUCUCUGCAUGUAUAUUUCUUUGUACAGAUCAUACAUAUUUUCUCUUGUAAAUAUUCUCAUUUUGCCAUCAGUUAUUUGGAAAUUAAACAUAAUGAACACAUAA